UCGGAGCUCGUCCUCCUUCCCUGCGCCAACUGCCAGCGGUGUCACCGAGGCCGGGCUGCCGCCGGAGAGAGUCCGAGCCACUUAACCCGAACGGUAUCGUAACGGGGCUUUAGGGGGCCGCCUCCCCCAGCUGACGACGAUUAUUACCGGCUUGGAUCCCACGCCUCGCUCUUUCCCGAUGUCGGACUUCAAGCUGGGGAUCGUACGGCUCGGCCGUGUGGCCGGGAAGACAAAAUACACACUGAUUGAUGAGCAGGACAUCCCUCUUGUUGAAAACUAUGCCUUUGAGGCGCGCAUGGAGGUUGAUGCAGACGGUAAUGGUGCGAAGAUCUUUGCCUACGCUUUCGAUAUUGGCAAGGGACGCUGGGCGGGAAGGCCGCUGCAUGAGCUGCUCUGGGAGAAGCACCGAGGAGGCAUCGCCCCAAGUUUCCAAGUCAUUCACAUCAACUCUGUGACGGUUGACAACAGGCUAGACAAUCUGCGACUGGUCCCCGUGGGUUGGAGUCCCAAACCGGAAGAGAUUUCCAGCAAGCAAAGGGAGCAGUCACUGUACUGGCUGGCCAUCCAGCAGGUUCCGGCAGACCCGGUGGAGGAGCAGUACCUGGAGCUGAGUCGCACACGCUACUACAAUGCCAAUGGCGAGCUGGUGGAGGAAGAGGAGUGCUCGUGCACGUACUACGAGUGCCAUUACCCGCCUUGUUCGCUCAUCGAGCGGCGGCUCCGGGAGUUCAACAUCUGCGGCCGCUGUCAGGUGGCUCGCUACUGUGGCUCGCAGUGCCAGCAGAGAGACUGGCCCGCCCACAAGAAGCAGUGUCGGGAGCGCAAGCGGGCACUGGCCCUGGAGUCGGAACCGGAGCGGUGAUCGGCAAAAAGGGAUGGGGGGGGGUGGGGGGGGAUACAGCGUUUUGAUAUUGGGGUUGAGGGCGUGGGGAAGGCGAGAGACUGAAACCACAGAGACAAUGGCGCUCGCCUCACUGGUGGAUUGGAAGUAGGUGAUUAACAGACAUCGGCAUACACUUCCACAACCGUAUAAUUCCCCUUGCUUCUCACAUGGACGACAGGGAAAGUUUUUUUGGUUUUGUUUUUUGUUUUUGGGGGGGUUGGUGACACCCUCUGAGCUCGACCUGCUGCUGCUAAUCGUUUCGCACGCGAGAGGUAACGACUUGUCACGCCGACGAACUGGAUCACGCUCGGAUACGGACGCCAUCUUCUGUUCGGAUUGGAUCACACUAACAGUAUUUUGUGCGCGUGCGUUGUAUGUUCUGCCAAGGACUCGGUGUGUGUGUGUGUCUGUGUGCGCCCGCACACAUAUCUUCCAAAAGGGGCCAUAUUCCAAUUUAAUUUUUUAUUCAGUCUAAUUAGACAUUUUCACUGUUUUGUAAUAAAGUAGCUGCCAAAUUGUG